CGCCUAGACAAAAGGCAGGGUUAAGGCAAUUCUGGAGAAAUGGACACACGUGUUCAUAUGCGCAGAAGACAAUCGCGUUAUUUGCAAGCUGAAGCGAUGGCUGGCGAUUUGCCUCCAGAAAUUAUGGUGGAAAUUCUUCAGAGACUACCACCAAAAUCUCUGGUAAGAUUCAGGGCUGUUUGCAAAACUUGGAAUUCCCUCAUCACAAAUCCUUCCUUCAUAUCUGAUCACCUCAACCGUACCGCCCAACCCAGAAACGGUAACAAUUUCCUCCUCCUCCAAAUUGAUCGUCCAUCUAGCGGACAGCCCAGCACGCACACAAAUGAUUAUCAGGAAUUUUACUCAUUCUACUCAUAUAAUCAACUAGCUAACAGCUUUUCUUCUGAUAGAUUCUCAUUCACUCCUCGAUUUCGAUUGUACGGUUAUUCUACUGUGGUUGGCACUUGCAAUGGGCUUGUAUGUUUUGCUCAACAUUCGAUCAUUUAUUUCACUACUCUCAUCAUUUGGAACCCUUCCCUUCGAAAAUACGUGAAUCUUCGUAGACCAAUCAUACCCCGCAGCGGCCACAUUCAUGAACACCGGCAAUAUCGGGUACUUUAUGGUUUUGGUUUUGAUUCUAUGAACAUGGAUUACAAAGUAGUUAGACUUGUGACCCUAAACAAUGAACGGGAUAAUCCUCAAGUUGAGGUAUACUCUCUUGCUUCUGCUUCUUGGAGAAGCAUUAGUGUUAGAGUUCCUCUGUUUUUCCUUCCUGCUCAUCUAAGGAGGACAACCCAAAUGUUUGUAAAUGGUGCAUUGCAUUGGGUUGUUAGUCGUAAGUACGGUGAUCAAGUUCAGAAUUUUAUUUUAUCAUUUGAUGUGGUUCAAGAGACGUUUGGAGAAUUGAUGUUACCGAGACAAUUGAAUGAAUCUCCUUUGAUCCUGUCUAUCUUGGAAGGAGGGCAUUUGCUUGCUGUGCUUCAUACUUAUUCAAAAAAGAACAUGAAAUUUUUUAGCAUCUGGGUGAUGAAAGAAUAUGGUAUAGUGGAGUCAUGGACGGAGGUGCUGCGUCGUGAUUUAAACCGCUAUGGAGGCAUAAUGACUGUAUUAGGUCUUACUGGUAAUGGAAAAGUGGUGCUGAGACUUUGUAGUGGAGCUAUAGUUUUACUGGAUCCGGUGGAUGAUUUGGUGAAGUCUUUGGGAGAUCAAGAAUAUUUUCAUGCUUUUGCAGGACCUUAUGCAGAGAGUCUGUUUUUCAUAAACAAAAAAACUAAUGUUCUCUCGUACUAAGAAUUGUUGGAAAAGACAUGUAAGAAAGGCGAGGCUUGCCAAAUGGAUUGAUCAGCUUUGCUAACUGCAUUCUUUCCGUGGGGAGUGUUUGAUUGUAGCAAUCAUGAUGAUUGUACUUAAUGUUCAGUUGUGGUGAUAUUAUGAUGUAAUCAAUGCUCAUAGCAUUUUGUAAUAAAAAUGUUCGAUUUGUUUUCUGUGUUUUUUUUGCUUGGCUAA